GAAGAUCCCGCCAUGACUGACCCGCAGGAUGCUACCCCUGAUCGGCUUCCUUUCCCGCCCGUAACAAAAUCACACAUCCUCAAUUGCUCUUUCCACAGCUGGUACCCCAAAUAUCGCUCCAUCACACCCAAAGCACGCCUGGUUCCACUUCCGGAAGCCUUCCUAUCCUAUCUCCGUGAGGAUGGCAUCAUGCUCCCGCCCGAGGACGGAGACAAUGCGCAAUGGUCAGAUUCUGACAGCGGCAUUUUUUCGGGCGCCGACAACGAAGCCAAUGUUGACCAGGAAGAAGAGUACGACCCUUCUGCCAAUUGGCGGGAUACUCACGAGGCUAUCGAAGCCACCAUCGAGGAGCUAGGUGGCAAGGUUGCGCCCAAGCUGAACUGGUCUGCCCCAAAGGAUGCGACGUGGAUUGCCGUGACAAAUAGCAUGGAAUGUCGUACACCAAAUGACAUCUAUCUGAUACUCAAAUCGAGUAAUUUCAUCACCCACGACCUCCAGCAUGCCUUCGACGACACCGAUGAUCAGGGAGACACUCCGAACUCAGACCCUGUGAUUCCGUAUCAUCUCGUCUUGCGCAAGUGGCUCACUCUCAACCCCGCAGUCGAAUUCCGUUGCUUUGUCCGUGAUCGUCGGAUUGUCGCCCUCUGUCAACGGGAUUUGAACCACUUCGACUUUCUUUUCAAGAUGCAGGAUAAGCUCUACCAGGAGGUUCAAGACUUCUUCGACACUAAUUUGCGCGAUACCUUUCCCGAUCCAAAUUUCACGUUCGAUGUCUACAUUCCCCCGCCGCAUAACCGCGUUUGGUUGAUGGACUUCAAUCCCUGGGCGCAAAGGACAGAUCCGUUGUUGUUCAGUUGGCUUGAAAUCUUGACGCGUCCUGGGCCGGGUGCAUCCCAAUCAGAGCCAGGAACUGCACAACAAGCCGCAGCCGAUGAAGACGACGUCGAGGAGAUUUUGAGACCAGAAUUCCGCCUGGUUCGGAGAAACGAUCCGGAAGCCUACGGUAUCUCCUCACCGCAAUACAGCGCGCAUAAGCUUCCUAAAGACGUGGUGGAUGCGAGCAGUGGUGGUGAAGGAAACCUGCGUGAGUUCGUGCGGCAGUGGGAGGAGGCCCAGAAGCUCGCGGAGCAGCAAAAGGCCGAGGACAGUGAGGGUGACUAG